AUGCAAAUCGCUGGGGGAACUUCAGCCAAUACUAAGUCCAGACCCCGCCGGAGGAGCCGGAACCGGGGACUUGCCUCUGAAGACUGCGACGAGGCGCCACCCGGUCGGGCACCGGAGCGCGUGCCCACCAGCCUCCCUCCUCGCCGCACCAGUCAGAACCCAAGUGCACAGGUUGCGAGCGCGAGAGGGAGAUUAGAAUCAAGGAACGAGCCUGCGCGUAUAUCUGAAUCUCGAGAGAGAGGAAGUGGCGCUACAAAGCAGCCACGGGCGCGAUCCCCAAACGCUCGCUUUGCCACCCGUUCUUCGGAGAGACUUGCAUCCAGCAGUGUGUGCACAGAGAAAGAAAAGACACUCUUCUCCGCGGAGGGAAGGAAUUUCAAACUCUUUUUAAGCGGAUACUUUUGGCGCAGAUGCACCAUUUUCGAGUGUCCCCAUACCACCUCCCAGCAGAGUUUUGGUUCUGACCAUACCACCCAGCUGAUCUCUAUGGAAAAGAAGUUGGAUUCUUUCAAGGAAGAUUCUAUUACCUGUGGUGGAGCACAACACCUGGGACAAAGAGAUGAGGCUAUGAAGACAUCCAUUAAUUCAAGGAGUUGUCAAGUUGAAGUUUGGGAUAGAUUGAGAUUUAGAACUCAAGAUUCAGGAAGUCUCCUCUGCAUGUUGGAUAACUCGGGAUAUAGGAAGAGAAAUCAUUCUGGCAAUGAAGAUGAAAGCAGCAGGAAGGAAUUCCAUUUGUCUCAAAAAAUUAAAAAAUAGAGAUUUUAAACUAAAGGAAUGGAGUUGUAAAAUGGACUAGUCGAUCAAAAUCAAUCAAAAAUACACAGCCCCACAGAAUUAGAAAAUGCCCAGAGGAUGCACGAGGCACUGAAGAUCCCUGGAUCCCACUUAUAGGAUGCGGGACCCAGGUCAGGCCG